AUGGCAACGGAUGCAGAAAUGACUGAAGCCUGUCCUGUUGAUACCUUGCCGCAACCGAACGACGGUGGCCGCAUGCACAUGUCAUCCCUUUCAUCAUCUUCAUCUAUAUCCGACGCAGAAACAGAGCGGCGAGGCCGAUCAGAACGUCCACGAAUGGCGAGCCGAAAACCCAGUGCUUCGAUUCUGGUCCCGAGGGACCAUCCCGAAAUUGAGAUCGAGGAGGAAGAGUUUCCUCCCGAUGACGCCCGUGCCAUGAGUCCACGACGCAAUUCAGCCGAUUUGGAGCGUUUGGGCAAGGAGGCACGACAAACCCUUCAGGAACAAGCCAAAUCACUUCAAUCAUCCCUUCAGGCUCUCGCCGAACGCAUCGAUGCUGUCAAAUCAGAUCAUGACAAGCUAGAAAACGAAAACAAAAUACUACAAGACUACAUCGGUGGCCUCACUCGCAAUAUGACCAAGAGCGAAAUGACCCGCAGUACGAAAGCACGCAAAGCCCAGAAGUAA